AUGGCAAGUAACGAGAAUCUACCACCAAAUGUUAUCAAGCAGCUCGCCAAGGAACUAAAGAGUCUUGACGAAUCCCCUCCAGAUGGCAUCAAGGUUGUGGUAAAUGACGAGGAUUUCUCACAAAUAUGUGCUGAUAUUGAAGGACCAGUUGGGACACCAUACGAGAAUGGACUUUUCCGGAUGAAGUUGGCACUGUCACAUGAUUUUCCACAUUCGCCGCCUAAAGGCUACUUCAUGACAAAGAUCUUUCAUCCCAAUGUUGCUUCUAAUGGAGAGAUUUGCGUCAACACGCUUAAAAAGGAUUGGAACCCUAGUCUUGGACUAAGACAUGUUCUCUCUGUUGUGAGGUGCUUACUGAUCGAGCCAUUUCCAGAAUCUGCACUAAAUGAACAGGCUGGGAAGAUGCUACUUGAAAACUAUGAAGAGUAUGCGAGGCAUGCUCGGCUUUACACGGGUAUACAUGCUAAACCGAAACCUAAGUUCAAGACAGGAGCUAUCUCAGAGUCAACGACGGCUCUGAAUGUUGGCCAGACUAACAACGAGACGCCUGGUGCUGCUACUGCUAUAUCCUCUUCAAUGGCAGACAUCAAGAGAGUAACAACGACAAGUGCCCAAGACCAACAACAAGCGGCUAACGUAGCAGCCACUGUAGGAUCUGCAAGUGUGGCCACUACUACACAGAAAAGGGAAGCCGGUUUGGCAAAGGUUCAGGCAGACAAGAAGAAAGUAGACGCCAGAAAGAAAAGCUUGAAGAGACUAUGA